AGCAUCCUGGAAACAUUCUUCCUACUCUCAGGCCUUGGGGGUCCUCCAGUUGCUUCCUGUGAGGUGACAGCAGAUCGGUGGCCAAUUUAGCCAGCGAGACUCUGCAGGCUCCAAGUUUGUGAGCCUUAAUCACGAUUUUUAAAGGAAGUAUCAACUUGAAAGAUCAGCAGGUCAGUAAAUCCUUCCACACCAAAUGUUAGUUUUGUGGUAGGCGUGGUUUUAUGGAUUUGUCCAGCUUUGGUUUUAUGGAUUUGUCCAGAGAGGUAAAACAAUCAAUUUUAAUCUCACCCUUCAAAGAGAUAAAGGAAUCUUAAUGUCAGGAAUGUGUUGGUACCUAGACCGAAUUGUAAUGCUAUUUGUUGCCAAAUGGCCAGGAAAACCCAGGCCAGACUGCACUUGUAUCUUUAACAGCAGCUUCUCAAAAAACAAAACAAAGCAGAAAAAACAUCCCAAUGACUGCAACAAUUUGCAGUUAAGGAGAUGUGAAGAUAAACAUUCUCAUCCAAUAAUGUUUGCAUGUCCAGCUGAGGCUCCAAUACUUUGGCCACCUCAUGAGAAGAGAAGAUUCCCUGAAAAAGACCCUGAUGUUGGGAAAGGUUGAGGGCACAAGCAGAAGGAGACGACAGAGGACAAGAUGGUUGGAGAGUGUUCUUGAAGCUACCAGCAUGAGUUUGACUAAACUGCGGGAUGCAGGGGAAGACAGGAGUGCCUGGCGUGCUCUGGUCCAUGGGGUCACGAAGAGGUGGACACAACUAAAUGACUAAACAACAAUAGGGUUGCCAACUGUUUUCCUCUGACCAUGCUCUUGUGCCUUUGGCAGCUGUACCAUUAAGCCAGCAGGUGGGAGAAGCUUCACUGGCUUGAUCUUUCCCUGCUCUGCAGCCGUUUAAAGGCACUGGAGCCCUGUCAAGAAAAAAAGUUGGCAACCCUUGUUCCAGUGGAAGACUAUUGGAUGUAAACAAAAAAACCAAACCCUCUGUCUUUUGGGUGGUGUGGAUGAACAAAAUGAACGGGGUUGGCAUUUUGAAGCAAAGCAUCAAACAGUGCCCCCCGCCCAGCCCAGCCCCAAAUCAAGGUGCCACAGUACCCAGGGUCAGUCUAGUUAUUUUACUAUCUGAGAAAAAUUAUUCCACAAGGGCCCCUCCCACUCCCUGGCAGUAAAAAUGCAAUAAUAAAAAAUUCAGUUAAUGCAAUAAUUAUGCAUUAAGUGACUGGUGAUUUGCUACCUACCCCAAAUCAGCUGUCUGAGGAGGCUUUCACAGCUCCCUAAGGGUAGGGCCGGGAUGCGGGUGGCGCUGUGGGUUAAACCACAGAGCCUAGGACUUGCUGAUCAGAAGGUUGGCAGUUUGAAUCCCCGUGACGGGGUGAGCUCCCGUUGCUCAAUCCCUGCUCCUGUCAAGUUAGCAGUUCAAAAGCACAUCAAAGUGCAAGUAGAUAAAUAGGCACUGCUCUGGCGGGAAGGUAAACGGCAUUUCCGUGCACUGCUCUGGUUCGCCAGAAGUGGCUUAGUCAUGCUGGCCACAUGACCCAGAAGCUGUACGCCGGCUCCCUCGGCCAAUAAAGCGAGAUGAGUGCCGCAACCCCAGAGUUGGUCGCGACUGGACCUAAUGGUCAGGGGUCCCUUUACCCUUUACCUUUAAGGGUAGGGCCAACCCUGCCAACACACCAUACAUUUAAAGCGAAUCCCGGGAACUGUAGUUUGCAAAGUGUGCUGGGAAAUGUAGUUCUGCGGGGAAUUCCUUGGGGAAAGCUGGGCGCUUUAAAACAAGGUUCUUGUGCAGAGUGCAUACCACAAGCAAACACUUUUUCUCAAAGCACCAUCCUGCGCAUAUUUACUCAGGCGUAAGGGUGUGCUGAGAGGCACUUAUUGCUCAUGUGUUUGGGAUUACAGUCUUGGUGAAGUGGGGGGAAUUUUUCUGCAUUUGGCAUUCUGUUGUUAAUCCAGCUGCUUCCCUGUUCAGCUGCCAGCUUAAAUGUACCCUGGCCAAGGUAAGCAGUCUUUGGUAAGAACAUCUAAAAGAAUGGGGAAAACUUUUCCCCAAAACUAGCAGGGAGGAGAAAAAGCCUGUGCAAUAGUAGCUAGACACGUUUUCUUUCCAAUUCAUAAAUCUGCACAACAAAGUCUCCUCCCUGGCAGGUGAGUCAUUGAAGGAUUUAUUUCCAUAACUCUUUUUAUUAAGAAAAACAACCACCGCAGUUCUCCUCACCCCUUUCAAUUUCACACUUCAGACCUGGAAAGUGUCUCCUUUAAAACAGACAUAAUCUAUUAAAUACGUCACAACCAAUUCAAUUCGUUUGCAUGUGGGCUUCGUGUACAAGACCUGCUUAAAACACAUCAAGGCUGUUGUUUUUCUCAGUUCGGAUCCAAGCUGGUUUGGGGAGUACGGUAAAUGCAUCAACGCACAGAAUUUCUGAAGAAACAACAGAUUUGGAUUACUGCGGAUAACGCCCUGUUUACUCUGCUUCUCAAACCAGCAGUGGGAGAACUCUGGAUGCAGAGUGGAUGAGAGUGUGGACACAGCAGCAGCAUGGGUUUUAGAAUGGAUUAUUUCCUAGGAAUUGUUUCAAAGCCCCCUGUGGAGCCACAGACCUUUGACUCUCCCCCCUCCUCAUGCCAUGUGUUGCAUCUAAGAUGUGGCUCCCAUGAUCCCUUGCAAGGGCCGCAGAGGAUUCUGGGGCACAACUCUUGGGUCUUGCUUCCCAUUUAAGACUUUUCAUGCCGCCACAAAUCACGGGAGCAUUUGUGUAUCUAGCUUGCACCACACAUUUCGCCACCACACAUUUUUGUGGUUUAUUGGCAAACUUUACCCCUCUCCUAUCUCAGACUUUUGAGAAGAAUCGGUUUGGGGGUUUUGUCUGGAGUUCAAGGAACAGGGCGGGGCAAAUUGGGGACAUCAAAAGUUUUUCCAAGUUGGCGAAGGACAUGCUAAGUCAGACAAUUGGUCCAUCUAGCUCAGCAUUGUCUGCACUGAUGGGCAGAAUUUAGGGUUUCUGGUAGGGAGUCUCUCCUUGCCCUACCUGGAGAGGCCAUUGGGGAUUGAACCUGCAACCUUCUGCAUGCCAAGCAGAUGUUUAGCCAUUGAGCUAAAGCCCUUGGCAAUACUGAGCCACACAAUUGGUCCAUCUAACUCAGCGUUGUCUAUGCUAACUGGCAGGCAGCAUCUGUCCAGGGUCCAGGCAGGGAGUUUCCCCCCAGCCCUACCUGGAGAUGUCAGGAGUUGACCCUGGCAUCUUCUGCAUGCCAAGCAGAUGUUCUGACUCCUUCCCACCUUGUAGGUGUUGCCCUCUGUGGCUCUCUCCAUCUCCUUGGAGGAAUCAAUUAACAUGUCUUCCUCUUCUUUUUUUCUGCUUCCCUUGGGUGGUGCCAGGGUCUAGUCUCUCCUCCAGCUGGGAGCCAUGAAGACUGACGACACGUCACAGCAGGAAUGCCACUCCUAACUUCCUGGGGUGUCCCCGAAGCUCACAGCCCUCCUUCUCCCCCUCUCCCAAAUUCUGGGCGAUUUGUGGGUGCUUCUGCACCAGGGUCGGACCAGCCAGUCUGGAAGAACCGCUUCAGGCUGGGCUCUUGGUUCCUUGAGCAGGGCUGGAGUCAAACCCCUCCUUCUUCCGCUGCCUCCUGCCAAACCACCUGCUCCAGGGCUACAAAAGCUUUAAGCACCUCUUGCUGCAGGACCCAGGAAGACAGGGCUUGCUCCUGGCAGCCUCCAGAGAGGAGGGAAGCAGCCACCCUUGGUGAUCACAGCAGGCCAUGCCAGGACGGAGCCACACCUGUUAGGAGGACUUCAGGCAUCCCAAGGAGAGAGGGAGCAGAGAUCUCGGUUACACAUUAGACAUCGUGGAAGCCCAGGGAGACCCACGCAAGCUUAUCAUUAACUUGGCGGCGCUGCCAGGCGAUAUAAAGCCGAGAGCAAGAGAAGGGCAAGAGGCACCCAAAGCGGCAGGAUGGCAACCACAGCGGCAACCGCGGCCAUGACCACGGCAGCCCCGGAGGAGGGGCUGGCCAUCAACAACCCUGCAGACAUCUCUGUCAUUGUCCUUUACUUCUUGAUAGUGCUGGCGGUGGGAAUAUGGGUAGGUCUCGUUGACUUUUCUCGCGUGUGUUUUAUUUGGUCACCCGACCUCUUGCUUAAGAGACCUCAGAGGAAGGAGAGCCCACAACCUCCCGAGUUUCUACUGCGUUUGCAAUUAUAUGUUACCUUUUCCUCCAAGGAGCUCAAGAGGGUGUCCCGUGGCUCUCCCCCUCCUCAUUUUGUCCUCACAACAAAAUGUGAGGGAGGUUGGGCCGAGAGGCAGUGUCCGGCCCUCAAGGUCAGCUUCAUGGCUGAGUGGGGAUUCGAACCCUGGUCUCCCAGGUCCUAGACUGACACUCUAACCAUGAUGCCACACAGGUGUAGUGCCACCAGCAUCAUUGCUGGACACCAGGAAUCUCUGGGGCAGAAAGUGGAAGGUGGCAAGAAAUUGCUUUUUUGUUUUUGUUCUUUUGGAGGGGUGGAUUUGACAUGUAAAACUAAAGGUGCUUCAAGGCUGCCACCUUGCAUUCCUGGCAGGUGCUUCCGGAUGGGUGCUUAUUAUGGAGUGGGUCUACAUCAUGGGUAGGCAAACUAAGGCCCGGGGGCCGAAUCCGGCCCAAUCGCCUUCUCAAUCUGGCCCACGGACGGUGCUGGAAUCAGAGUGUUUUUACAUGAGUAGAAUGUGUCCUUUUAUUUUAAAUGCAUCUCUGGGUUAUUUGUGGGGCCUGCCCGGUGUUUUUACAUGAGUACAAUGUGUGCUUUUAUUUAAAGUGCUUUUAUUUAAAAUUUGUGGCACAUAGGAAUUUGUUCAUUCCCCCCCUUCAAAAUAUAGUCCGGCCCCCCACAAGGUCUGAGGGACAGUGGACCGGCCCCCUCCUGAAAAAGUUUGCUGACCCCUGGUCUACAUCGACCUCAGAAUACCAGCCUGUGUUUUACAUCCAUUUAAACCAGAUUUUCCUUUUCUGGAGCAAAUCUGAUAAGUUAAAAAAAAAAAGAAGAAGCCUCUGCCAAGGUGUGUGUGUAUGAAAUCUCCUCUCCCUCCUUGUAGGGUUAACCCCUUCCUCACAGGGCAAGAGGUCAGGGUUGCCAGAGGCGGGGAUGAAGGAAAUGGAGCCACCAGAAAGUGGCUCAGGGCCAAAAUGUCUGAGAGAGGCCUCAGGAAAGAGCAGGGAGGGUGAGAUGGGAGACUGAGGACAGCGAUAGGAACAGAUGCAGGGAGGGGAGGCUGGUCAGAAACGGCAAUGCCAGCCUCUAGAAGCCACAGGGGAGGAGGAGGCUCCUGUUCUCAGGCCCUGCUUUUGGGCUUUCCAGAGACACUUGUUUAUUGCAUUUAAAUCCCACCUUCUUCUCCAAAGAGCAGUGGGUGGCAUGUAUGAUUCUUCCCUCAUUCAAUCCCCUGGUUGGCAGGUUAGACUGAGAGGCUGUGACUGGCCCCCAAGGUCACACAGAGUGAGCCUCAUGGCUGAAUGGGAUGCUCUAACCACUACACCACACUGCCUCUCACAUUGGCAUCUGGCUGGUCACUGUGAGAACAGGAUGCUGGCCUGACCCAGCAGCCUUUUCUUAUUCCCAGAUGGGGCACUGCCCCACUAGCCUCCUCCUGUCCUUAGCCAGCCCCCCCCCCCGAAGUGCCUGCCUCCUUCCUUACACCCAGGCUACAGCCUGUCAGUUUCCUCCUCUUCCUCAGCCUCAGUCUCAGAGUUGCCCUUUGUAGAGGAGGGAGGAGGAGGAGGAAUCCUAGAAUUGUAGAGUUGGAAGGGAUCCCGAGGGUCAUCUAGUCCAACCCCCUGCAAUGCAGAAAUCCCAACACGCAGUUUGAAACCAUACCAGACUCAGCUUAGCUUUGUAAAUGUGCUAGCAGUUUUAUUGCUUCACCCUUCAGCUUAGGAAGAGAAUGGGGCAAGACAAGAAGGAGCUGGCUUUGGCUUCUGCUGCCAGCCUCCUGUGCCCUAGCAGUCCAAAGGGAUACACCAGCCGCCGCUCGCUAUAGCGAUGUUGUUUGGGGUGAUGGAAGAGAGCAGCCUGGCCUGGCCAGAGCUCCCAGGAAGGCUGUGGGUGUGCAGUGUUUUUAAACUUUCUGGCCGUUUGGAAUCUGCACCCGAGGGAGAAGCAGCAAGUGUGAUCUGUCCCAAGGUUCUGCACAAAGAGGUCCCCUGAUACCUUUGCUGCCCUCCAGAGACUGCAGCAUGCAGCGGUAGUUCCCUGGCAGUGCCUGCCCUUGGGCUUGGGUAGCUCAGCUGAACCCAUUCAAAGUUUUCCCUAGCCAGGGCAAAUGGAAGCAUGUCUGCAGCCUAGGUUUGAGCGCUUCAGGGUGGCUGAGAGGUGUCACGGCCAAGGUGGGGGGAAAGGUGACUAGAUGAGCUUUUUUAUGGCAGCAGAAAGAGCGACAAAAAGGGGAACAGCUUGAUUUUUGCCACAAAGGGUGCUGCUGCUGACUCCUUAUUGCAGGUUCCUUAUCCCCAAUGCUUGCGGCUGUUUUAGCAGAGAUGCAACAGGCACUCUGCACAUGUUCAGCGGCGACACUCACCUUGAUUACUUAUUCAUGGUGUGUGUGGAUGACAAAUGGAAGCUAUUGCCACAGGCUUAAACAGAACAGAUGUAUAACUUUGCAAUCAAUUAAUGUAUUUGAACAGCAGCUCCCUCUCCCCAGAGAGCUGUAGUUCAGGGAGAACGAUGAGCAGAGAGUUGACAUCACCUUCCCAGACUAAAAUUAUCAGGAUUCUUUGCUGGUGGUAUUAAACUGAUACUCAUUUGUAAUGUUGAUGAAUGGUGUAUAGCAAGCUUUCAAGGACUGGGCAAAUUCCCUUUUUUUUGCAGGGGAUGGGAGGACCAGUCCCUGACUGUUAUUUGCAGUGGAGGGCCAUUAUUUCCCCGAGGAUAUUCCUCCUUUUAUCCUCACAACAUCCUGUGAAGUAGGUUAGGCUGAGAGGCAGGGCCUGGCCCAAGGCCACACUCAGUGACCUUUCACAGCCAAGAGGGAAUUUGAACCCUGUUCUCUCCCUGGUCUUAGUGCAGCACUUUAACUGCACUGCCUCUCAAAGUAGGGUUGCCAACUCUUUUCCUGCCUCUGCUCUUGUGCCUGGCAGAAGGUUUUACCACUUUUCUCCUUGCCCAACACACAGAAAACCUUCCAUUCUUAUGAUUUGCAAAUUAAUAAUAAUAUCACACCCUUGCACUGAGAAAUUCCCAGAGCAGCUGUGUAGUAAUGCACCAGGUGGUGCCUUUCCUGGGCUGUAGAGAAAUGAAAAGAGCUUCACCUGUGAAACGUCUGUCUGAUGGGCAACCCUUACAAGUUUCAGAAGCAGGACCAGUGGAAGGAGGUGCAGGAGCCAAGCCGACUAGAUGACUGGCUCCCUAGAACCCGGGUGGGGCAGGUCAGGGUGUCUGAUUCUGGCAGUGUGUGGCAAUGACUCCCAGGGUCCUUGUACUGUCUGAACUCCUUCAGAGCUGUGCGGAAGUCCAGAAGGGCCUCGAAGAGCCCAGGACUCCCCUCUCUGAAGCAGCCUUCUCCAGUCUGGAGUACCUUCAGAUGUUUUGGACUACAAUUCCCAUCAGCCUUAGCAUCCCACGGCUGUCCAGGCUGGGGCUGAUGGGAGUUGUUUUUCAAAGCAUCUGGGCAAGGCUGCUCUUAAGGAAGACGGGCAGGUGUCAGGAGGGAUGCGCUAAGAGCGUGAGGAGGGUUUUGAAUACGAAACCACUGAGAAAAUUGCAAGGCAAGACUGUGCUUGCUGGCUUGAUUUUGUCUGAGGUCAAAGAGAGUCUCAUUGUACCAGGAAGCCAGGGUGCCUGUUCCCUUGCCCUGGCUGCCCCCACGCCACACUUAACAUCUACCUGGUUAUGCAGAUGCCAGUGUGAGAGUAGGUUUCUUGCAUUCCAAAGCAGGAACGGGCAGAACAUGCGGGUCAGGUUAUAUAUAUAUAUCACCAGGAAAUAUGGAGUGUUAGAAAAUCCCAUUGCUCUUGCAAGGGGAAUGGCUUGCCUUUUCUCUCUCUUCCAGAAACCAUGAGGUCUAGAGGCAUGCUUGCUCUUUUUAAAAUGAAGAGAAAGCAAGGCUCUCCACAGGAGGUAGCCGCUUCUGAGGUGGAAAGCCACAUUUCACAACUCGGAUCCAGCUGUUGCACAGGCUAGUGAUUUAUUUGGGUCUGUACUGCGUUGUGUUUGCUGGUUUCUAGGACACGUUUCUAGGACACGGGUGGCGCUGUGGGUAAAACCUCAGCGCCUAGGACUUGCCGAUCGUAUGGUCGGCGGUUCGAAUCCCCACGGCGGGGUGAGCUCCUGUCGUUCGGUCCCAGCUCCUGCCCACCUAGCAGUUCGAAAGCACUCCUAAGUGCAAAUAGAUAAAUAGGGACCGCUUUCUAGCAGGAAGGUAAACGGCGUUUCCGUGUGCUGCGCUGGUGCCGGCUCGCCAGAGCAGCUUCGUCACGCUGGCCACGUGACCCGGAAGUGUCUCCGGACAGCGCUGGCCCCCGGCCUCUUAAGUGAGAUGGGCGCACAACCCUAGAGUCGGACACGACUGGCCCAUACGGGCAGGGGUACCUUUACCUUUACCUAGGACACGUAUGGUGCUGUGGUCUAAACCACUGAGCCUCUUGGGCUUGCUGAUCAGAAGGUCGGCGGUUCAAAUCCCUGUGAUGGGGUGAGUUUCUGCGCGCUCUAGCUUUUGUCACUGUGUUCCGUUGUGCCAGAAGUCGUUUAGUCCUGCUGGCCACAGGACCCGGAAAACUGUCUGUGGACAAACACCAGCUCCCUCAGCCUGAAAGUGAGAAGAGCGUAACAACCCCAUAGUUGCCUUUGACUGCACUUAACUGUCCAGGGGUCCUUUACCUUUACCUUUUUACCUUGCUGGUUUCUGUGGACACACAACGGCUGUGCCACAAUUGUAUGAUGAGGAGGAGCAGCAGCAAAAACAGUCCUUCUGCUUGGUUGCUUUCUCUUUCCGGGAGGUGAACACUGAUUCUCAUCUGCCAUUUGCGGUGCAGAAAGAGAGGUGGGCUCAAGGCAUGCUAUGGGUCUGCCCCGGUGGGGCAGGGCACCCCAUGCCAAAGAGCCACAUCGAGCACCAGGCUGGGUAGACCAGUUGCUCAGAAUCUAUUGAAGGCACUUUCCUAUUGGCAUGGGCAAAUGCCAACAGUCUCCUGAGGAAUUUUGUGAAGAUGUAGAUGCAUAAACACACACACACACACACACACGUUUGUAACAAAUAUUAUUAUUUAUUGAAUUAUUGCUAGAAUGUAUGCCCUGUCCUUCCAGGGCACCAAACAGACACACUAUUUAAAAGCAAAACCAGUCUAAAACACUGAAAGCAUUCUAAAAACAAUUACAAUUAAGAACAUCUCAAAGCAGUUGCAGUUCAAAUGGAACGUAUUACAAAUUCUCCACUUUGGGGGCACGAAGCCAUGACCAUCAUUUACGCCGGUGUUUCCCAAACUUGGGUCUCCAGCUGUUUUUGGACUACAAUUCCCAUCAUCCCUGACCACUGGUCCUGCUAGCUAGGGAUGAUGGGAGUUGUAGUCCAAAAACAGCUGGAGACCCAAGUUUGGGAAACCUCCUGGUUUAGGUGAUCGUCAGUGUUCCUUGGCGGAUCUCUGAGUUUUGAGACAUUUCAAGGCUACCGUCCAAUAAACACAUCUCUGGUUCGUAGGAAGUGCCAUAAUGUAGAUUAGAUGACUUUUUUAUUUUAAAAACGCUGCAAAACAUGGCCUUCCCGGAGUAGCCUCUUCCCUGCCCAUAUGACUAUGCAUUGUAAGGGGUUAGGCUAGAUGACCCAUGGGCCCCUUCCAACGCUUCAAUUCUAUGACUAUGCCAUGCCCUAUAGUGCAUGGUGGGUGUAAACAGAGAGACUGCUAUGCCAACCUCUGCCAGCCUGGUGGUGCCCUCCAGAUUCUUUGGACCACAACUCUCGCCAGUCCCAGCCAGCAUGGGCAAACGGCGCUGGGUCUGAGCACACCUAUGUUGGCUGAUGGCAGCUUUAGUCCAAAGCACUUGGAGGGAGCGCCACCAGGCCCCGGUGACGACUGCCCUCUGCCCCAACCAGCGACAUUUCUGUAUGACACUUGGGUUGGGCAGCCAUGGAGGGUGGUGCCAGGAGGAACUGCCAGUCUGGACAAGCCUCAGGUGGCACGUUGCCCACGGACGGCGUUCUGAUUCAUUUACCCCCAUCAUGGUUUCAUUGGGAAAGGUUAGCGAAAGGCCUGUUUGCUACCGAAACAAUGGUGAGCCUUGAUUGCGCCUAAUAAAUCUGUGCCACGAAUGAACAUGAAUAUAAUCGCUGUCAAGCUGCCUGCAGUGCUUCCGGGAUGGUGCUGCAUAAACAGCAGCUCGGGGAUGCCAGUUUGUUUGUUUGUUGAAGCAUUAGAUGGACAACUGAAUGCCAGGCUUUCUCCCUCUGGAUCUGACUCCAUUCCGAAUCCUGCUCCCAACAUUUCUGUUCCAUUGUUCAUGGGAGCGGUGCUUUUUUUCCGGGGUGGGGGUGCAGGGGUACGCGUACCCCUAAACAUUUUGUGAAUCUUUGUACUUUUCUCCAUGUACACUGGUACCUCGGGUUAAGAACUUAAUUUGUUCCGGAGGUCCAUUCUUAACCUGAAACUGUUCUUAACCUGAAGCACCACUUUAGCUAAUGGGGCCUCCCGCUGCUGCUGCGCCGCCGCUGUGCGAUUUCUGUUCUCAUCCUGAAGCAAAGUUUUUAACCUGAGGCACUAUUUCUGGGUUAGCGGAGUCUGUAACCUGAAGCGUCUGUAACCUGAAGCGUCUGUAACCUGAAGUACCACUGUUACUGUGUUUAUUUCCCACGAUUUGAACUAUAAAAUGGUGAUUUUCUUGAGUCAAAAUGAGAGUACCCCUAAAUAUUUUUAAAGAAAAAAAAGCACUCCAUGGGAGGUCUUUUGCAAGCCGUUUCUGGGAUGUGUCUCAUGGGCUUAACACUUGGAACUCCAGAGAGAUUAUGAGGAUAACCUGAUAGUUUCAUUUCUGGCAGGCUUAAGAUAGAAUCAACUUUUCGCAGUGGAUUUGUACCCGCUGGGUCAAUACUCCAAGCAGGCCCAAUUUAAUCAGCGGACAAGUUAAGGUCAAGGGGUUGCAGCCAACUGAUGUUACUUCAGAGUAGACCCAUUGAAAUUAGGGGACCUAGAUCAAUCACAUCCAUUAAUUUCAACAGGCAUGCCCUGAGCAUGACCAAUAUUGGACACAGCUCAUAAUCGACAUAAGAGCCAAUGUGGUGUAAGGGUUAGAGUGUUGGACUGUGACCUGGGAAACGGGUUCGAAUCCACACUCACCCAUGUUUUCUGGGCCUGUCGCUGCCUCUUUCAGCCUAGCCUAUCUCACAGGGUUGCUGUGAGGACGAGAUGGGGAGGAGGAGAGCCAUGUAUACCGCCUUGAGCUCUUCGGAGGAAAACGUGGUCCAUAAACAAAAUAAGCAAUGUUUAGUCAAUGUUUUGAUGCUCACUGACGUCAAUGGAUUUAAAUUAGAAUUAGGGUUCCUUAAACCCACUGAUCUGAAUAUGACCACUCACUGGAUAUCAUCCUUUGGCCAGAUGUCCUUUUCAAUAUAUUAUUAAUUUAUUACAUUUAUACCCUGACCUUCCUCCAAAAGAAGCCCAGGGCAGAAAACAAUAUGUGAGAAAGCAAUUAAAAAAAACACCUUAAAGCCAAUUCUAGUAUAGAGGUGGACUGGGAAAGAUCUCCACUUAAAAGGCUGAUUGGAAGAGGAAAGUCUUUGGCAGGCACCAAAAAGACAACAGGGGAGGCGCCUGUCUAAUAUUCAUGGGGAAGAGAGUUCCAAAGGACAGGUGCCACCACACAAAAGGCUCGGUUCCUACAUUGUGCAGAAGAGACCUCCCAAUAAGAUGGUAUCUGCAGGAGGCCCUUGCCUUGAUUGGAUAUGUAAGCGGUGAGAUGCUCUUUCAGGCAUCGUGGUCCCACAUCCUGGGCUUUAUACACCAGAACCAGCACCUUGAAUUUAGUAGGUUAAUGUGUUGGCAAUAUCCUUCCCCAGUGAGCUGCCACAUUUUGCAGCAUCUGCUGCUUCCAGACAACCUCAAGGGCAGCCCCACAAAGAGCACAUUUCAGUAAUGAGCUUCUCAAUGCAUAGGAGAUAGUUGUCAGGCUAUAUUAUAUGGCUGGUAACUCUAAUUGCAUCUCCUCUUCUCUCUUCCUUAGGCCAUGUAUUCAACAAACCGCGGGACAGUUGGGGGAUUCUUCUUAGCAGGCCGGAGCAUGGUCUGGUGGCCGGUAAGUUGUGUCUAAAGAGCCAGCUCCCCUGAAAAGCAGCCCCUUUCCUUUUCCUCCAAAAGGACCACAGGCUGAAUCUACUCUAUCUGCCCUUCCCGAUUUUGCAAAUUGCAGACUGAAACAGAGAACCAUAUCCUCUGAAAGGGACGCUCCUCUGAAUUUUGCAAUGUGGUUCUCCAGACAAGUAAAUGUGUACAAAAUUUCACCUGCUUGGGUAAAGCGUGCAUAGAACGGUAUAUGUUCACGAAAAGAACAUGAAAAAGUAUAUUAGGGGGACAUUGCUUUGCAAAAAAUGUGUAGAUUAGGCAAAAUGUUGGCCAUUAGGAGAAAUUUGUGCUAAAAUGCAGGUGAGUUUUCAUGAGGAUUUUUUAAAAGCAAACUGAUAAGGAAAUGUGGAGAAGAGACUGGGAAAAAACAGGAAACCAAGAGAAACUGAAAUUUUGCAGUCCAAAGCAGUGUGGGGAAGGGGGAAACCAGAUUGGCAAAGGUUUGCCUAUGCAAAACUUUGCUGCUGCUGGCUAUUGGUGGAUGGUGGAGGGGAAAGACUCUCUCUGCUCCUUUGCCCAUUCUUAUUGCACCAGGGCUCCUGAGGAUAGACUGUGGGGGAGCAGGGAGCGGCUGGUCUGUUGCCUUGUGCAUGACUCACCUUCCAAUGAGGUGCCCAGUGAGGUGAAGAGAAAGAGCUUGUUCCUUCAGAAAGCAGAAGCUGUCCUUCUUACCUGAUGCUCCCUUGGAGGGAAAAGAUCUCAGGAUCAAAGUAGAAAAAGGAACAGCUCAUUCUUUGCCAGUGUGAGCAGGAAAGGGGGGAUGAAAUAAAUAUCUUAUAUAUAUUGUUAAGUUGUGGGUGAACAUAUCAGACGACACAGCGAUUCUUCAAACAGCUCUUGUUUAUUCACAGGCCAGAACAGAACUGAACUGAAGGGUUCAGUCAGCCUGCUUAUAUAGAGCUCCAGUACAACGUAACUGUAACAAUUUCCUAAAACUAUCCAAUCACUGAACGUCACUUUCGAUCCCUUAUUUGCAUAACUAUCUACAGUAUCCCCCUGCUGGCCCAGGGUGAGAACUUCAGUACAUAACAUAUAUUUUCUUCUCACUCAACUUUUGGCCAAGUCUCAUCAGUCUUAUUUGUUUGCUGAAAAACAGGUUUAUCAUGUGUUUGUUUGUGUUAGUGUGUGUGUGUUGCUCUAAGUGGCUUAUGUCUGGAAUACGUUGGUGUAAAACAGCACCUGCAAAGCAGGCAGAUUCAUACAAUACAAAUACAAGAGCAACACAUUUUAAAAGAAGGAUGAGUGGGGGGAAAUUCGGGGGGUGGAGGUGCAUUCGUGGUGGCCUGUCGACACACCAUUCCUCUAUUAGUUCUUCUGCGGUGUCUGCUCGAUAUUAUUUCUGUCUAGAGGGGCCCUCUUGUACAAUGGUGCAACAAAGGCUGGACAAAAAAAAUAAGUUGGAAUAUUUGCAGCAUGAAAAGGGAUGGGAUUUCAGCAAGCCGUGCACCAAUUGCAAAUGAAGCAGCCUGGCUUCCCAGAAACUACUGCAGGUGCAAAUCAGUAUUGAAAGUGGGAUUGCAUAUACCGUAAAUAUCCCCAACACCGUUCUGUGCAAAAACUGCCCUGAAUGCACAAGGAGAAGAGGUGUCUGGAGGGGCUAAAAGGCUUCACUCUGUCCCCUGUGUGACGCUGGCUCUUUUAAAAUACAGUGGUACCUCUGGUUACAUACUUAAUUCGUUCCGGAGGUCCGUUCUUAACCUGAAACUGUUCUUAACCUGAAGCACCACUUUAGCUAAUAGGGCCUCCCACUGCUGCUGUGCUGCCGCCGCACGAUUUCUGUUCUCAUCCUGAAGCAAAGUUCUUAACCUGAGGUAAUAUUUCUGGGUUAGCGGAGUCUGUAAGCUGAAGCGUAUGUAACCUGAAGCGUAUGUAACCUGAAGCGUAUGUAACACGAGGUACCACUGUAUAGUGUUAUGGCAGUGGUUUUCAACCACUGUGGCACCCUGCGAUGCCUUCAAUGGUGGUUAGGUUCUCUGUGGGCAGCACCAGCCUCUGUCCCUCCUUCCUUCUCUUCCUCCUCUGAUGCUCCCUCAUGUCUCUGUCUCCAGCGACUCACACAGCUGUUUGUUGCAGCGGCCCUGGCUACAAGUUCUCCAGGCGAAUGGUGCCUCUGGGGCCAGCCAGGGGUUCUUGGUUGCUGGGAGCUGAGGCAGCAUUAGAGUAAGUAAGCAAGCAGGCGAAGAUUCCUGAGGAAAGGAGGGGCUGAGGGAACCCUCCACAAGGGAGGGUGUCCAUAAAAGGGGUGAGGGGCUGCCAGCUCUGCAGGUGAGGGGUAACAUAACUGGGCACCUGAGCCCCACCAGGGAGCCACAGAAAGAUGUAGUUGGUCAAGGGGCCCUCGUAUUUAUGGGACCGCCUCUCCUGGUAUGCCCCGCAGAGGACCUUAAGGUCCAUGAAUAAUCAUGGUUUAGAGGUCCCAGGCCCUAAGGAAGUUAGAUUAUCCUCCACCAGGGCCAGGACCUUCUCAGUGAUGGCUCCGACCUGGCGGAAUGCUCUGUCCCAUGAGACCAGGGCCCUGCAGGAUUUAACUUCCUUCUGCAGGGCCUGUAAGACAGAACUAUUCCGCCUGGCUUUCAAUUUGAACUUAGCCUGAUUUUUUAUUCCCCUUCCUUCCCUCCCCCUCCCCUUUUUAUGAAGAUUACCCGCUCUGGGAUCCCACAGCUAAUUCUCCCCUGGUCUCCUCACUGGCCCAAAUAGGACUAAUUUAGCCAGCUAGCCCUGGUGAUCAUCUAAUGUUUAUUGGAUGGAUUUCCCCCCUAAAUUGAUUUUUGAUUUUAUUGUUAUUCACGUUUUAUACCGUAUUUUAUGCUGUUUUUUUGUAGCAUCAAUUAAGUGUUUUAAAUUUGUUGUUAGCUGCCCUGAGCCCGGUUUUCUGAACCGGGAAGGGCGGGGUAUAAAUAAAAAUCUAUUAUUAUUAUUAUUUAUUAUUAUAAGGGAGCCAUGGACUCAAACCUCUGGGUUUGCGUGAAAAGCUCUGGGUUAAGGGAAGUGUGGGAGCAAGUCUGAGAAAUGAUAAAAGCUCCCCUUUUGUUCAGAUGCCAGGCUAUCGUGUUGUGUCUGAAUGCCUCAGCCUUCACUUCGAUGGAGAUAUCCAUCUGCAAGAAGUCCGUUCCAAGCAGAGUUGCAGAGACACGGAAUCCAUUGUGGUUAAUCAUUUUCCCGGGAAAGCAUUCCUAAUUACCCGGCAUUAACCUUAAUCAUUAAUUGAAGGGAAACUGAAAGAGAGAGAGAAGAAGCUGCCCUUGCCCUUCCCUUUCCUGGAGGCUUAAAGAUGGAGAACAAGACACUUUGCGGAUUAAAAUGAGAGGGGAAACUCCCCCACUGAAUGAAGCCAGACAGGACAGUGCAGGCAAAGUGCUGCAAGCCAACUUGCCCUCACAUGAACGCUGGCUCUUAAAUGAUGACAGCAGCUGCCUUGUAAAGGAGCAACUCUGCCUAGGUCAACCAAGGAACAAUCGCCAAAUGGGUGUUGGCACGAGCUCUGCUUCCAUUGCUGGUCCGCUGGGUGGUGAGGCUGUGGGAGGAACCAAUAAUUGGUGCUGCAGGAGGCAAACUCCCAGGGCCAUUGGAGCUCCUGUAGUCCAUUUGUAUUCAGAUGCAGGGCCUCCCCUGACAGACCGUUUGCAGCGCUCGAGCCACGCUGUCUCACAGUUGGGCCAGCCGCUGGUCCUGGUUGUGGUCCAAGGACCUUGGGAGGUCCUCAUGUUGCUUUCCCCUGGAAGAGGGCUAGGCAUUGGGCCUAAUUCUGCCUCUGGGGAUGAUGAUGAUGAUAAUUUAUUUAUACCCCGCCCUCCCCGGCCAGAGCCAGGCUCAGGGCAGCUAACACCAAUAAAAUCACAGCAAAAACAUAAUGGGGGGAAAAACCCACCAAUUUAAAAUACAGGUUAAAAUGCAAUUUAAAAUGCAGCCUCAUUUUAAAAGUAGCCGAUAAAUCAAGACCAUAAGGGAAGGGAAACAUAAGGGUCAGACUGAGUCCAAACCAAAGGCCAGAUGGAACAGCUCUGUCUUGCAGGCCCUGCAGAAAGAUGUCAAGUCCCACAGGGCCCUAGUCUCUUGUGACAGAGCGUUCCACCAUAUCGGGGCCAGUACUGAAAAGACCCUGGCCCUAGCUGAGACUGUGUGAGGCUGAGGUCCAAAGCGGUGCAAAAGCAGCAGAUCUAUGCAUUUAAACUCAGAUCUUGCUGCACUCAUGUCUGAUGUGUUAAUGCUGCUGGAAUCCAUGUGGGGAACUCCAGGCUCCAACCCACAAAAGUUUAUGGUAUGUGUCAUAUGGAGCCGCAAGAGAUUUUGCAUACCUUCCAACAUUUCUCCGAUGAAAAUAGGAACGUCCUAGUCCAUUAAUAAUAAUAAUAAUAAUAAUAAUAAUAAUAAUAAUAAUAAUUUUAUUUAUACUCCGUCCAUCUGACUGGGUUCUCCCCAGCCACUCUGGGCGGCUUCCAACAUAUAUAGAAACAUAAUAAAACACGAAACAUUAAAAAACUUCCCUAUACAGGGCUGUCUUCUAAAGGUUGUAUAGUUACUUAUCUCCUUGGCUCAGGGGUCGCGUAACUCCAUACCCGCCAAUGAAAAUAGGGACAUCCUAAGGAAAAGUGGGACAUUCUGGGAUCAAAUCGGAAACCGGGACGGCUUCUGUAUAUCCAGGGUUGUCCCUGGAAAAUGGGGGCACUAGGAGGGUCUGAUUUUGUUGCCCCAUACCUAGGUGACUCCCAGCCCACCUUCCUCCCUCAGGCUAAAGGACAUCUCUCCUUUCUGCUUCCAGAUUGGUGCCUCUCUGUUUGCCAGCAACAUUGGGAGCGGCCAUUUUGUAGGCCUGGCCGGGACGGGGGCAGCCGCCGGGAUCGCGAUCGGAGGCUUCGAGUGGAACGUAAGUGCCUUUGAUUCUGUGGCUUUAGAAAAUGGCAGUUACCAGUUUAUUUUUGGGUCCUUCACAUUUUUAACCCUUCUUGCCUGGGGAUGGUUUUUUCUUUUUCUUUUAAACCUGCUGAUCAAAAGGGUCGCUCUUCCGGUGGGCGGGCAGGAAAAUCCCGUCACAUUCCUGGAUUGCAUGUUUUUGAGCGCAUGCCAUGCUGGCUUGGGGUGAUGGGAGUUGUGAUCCAACAGCGCCUCAGGGGCCAUGUCUUCAUCCCUGGUUUUUGGAGAACCCAGAUCAGGCCCUGAUCAGGCUCCCCAGGGGCAAGAUGUCUCCUGAUGUGUUGGCAUGUGUCUCAGCAUCCUGCCCAGAUGCACCCAACCUCAGUGGGAAAAAGAUAACGCUCCAUCUUUAUCACUAGAGACCCCAGUGAUCUCUGUGGCUAGAAAAGAUUUCCACCGGCUUUGGCUGCCACGCCUGCUGCCACCAUUCCUGGACCAGGGUAGCCUGAUCAGAGUGGUCCACGCACUGGAGUCCUCAAACCUUGCUUACUGUGAUGCACUUUUGUGGGGCUGAUGUUGGCAAUGAGGGCAGAAUGUGACAGCCGAGCUCCCAGAGGUGGACUUAGGACAGAUGACUGGUUCUCCUGCACAGGGCACUCAGCCAAGAGGGCACCUCCCCACCUCCUUCCCAAUGCCUAGUAAGUGCUUGCUUUGGGAAGGGUCCUAAAUUCCCCCACCCUCCUUCCUAAAGCCUAGUUGGUGCUUGCCCAGCUUUGGGAAGGAGAUGGGAGGGUUCUAGGACCCUCCCAGAGCCUUCACACCUCCUUUCCAAAGCCCAGUGCCUCGCUUAACCAGCUUUGGGAAGGUGGUACAAGAUCUGGGGUGUGUGUCAAGGUGCCAUAUUAGCAAGGCCCACCCCUGCAAGCACCACACAGCUCAUAGGAGAGAGCUACACUGGCUGCCAAUUUGCUACCAAGUUCAAGAUCCUUUGUUAGGACUUCAUGAGCCCAAAGUACCUAUGGACUGCCUGAUUCCUUACUCCCCACUACAGUUACUGAGAUCCUCUGAAGGGCACCGCUGGCAGUCUCCCAAUUUUCCUGAGGUUCGGGUGGCCUUCACUACAAACUGAGCCUUUAAUGUGGCAGGGCCUGUCCUGUGGAACUCCUUGCCACCGGAAGUCAUCUGGCUGGAGUCGUUCUUGUUUUCCUUCAGAUUCCUUUUAAAAGUGCAUUGCUCAGACAGGACUUUGGCCCUUUACCACUCAGGUUUUAUGGCUAUGCUGCUAAUGCUUUUCCUGCAAAAACCUUGUGCACCACUUUGCUACAUUUUCUGUGUAAGUGCAGUCUGUAAAUACUUGGAUAAACAAAUGCAUCAACAAAAACUUUCCAUGUGUUCCAGGCUCUGGUGAUGGUGGUCAUUCUGGGCUGGAUGUUUGUCCCCAUCUACAUCAAGGCCGGAGUAAGUCCACAACGGGGGCGAUUCGGCUUCCUCAUUCGCGGCUCCUGUGCUUGUCUUAUUUUCUGCAUAUCACUGGGGGUGGGACGCCCAGGCUAAGGGAAGAGGGAAGGGGUUUGCAGGAGAUCUGCCUGGCAGCGCCUGGUGUUCUCAGCAAAAGGAGCUCUCACUGGGCUGCUGGGUAAUUAUUGACAGGUCUCCUUUCGUGCGUUCAUCCACACAUCCCCAAUUGCCACUGCUUCCUUUUCAUGGGUAAUGGCUUUGUGCGUAGUUCCUCAGCUGGGAUUUGCACCUACAGUUUCUAGGGCCCACCUUUGCCAGCUUCCAUAUUUACUGGGAGGCUGGGCCGGGCCAGGCCACGUACCCCUGCCCCAGUGCUCUUCCGCUUCCUCUAGCUGCUCCAAAUGCCUUUUCUUCCUCCUCCUUGCAGGUGGUGACAAUGCCAGAGUACCUGCGGAAACGGUUUGGGGGGAAGCGCAUUCAAAUCUACCUUUCCGUCCUCUCUCUCUUCCUGUACAUCUUCACUAAGAUCUCAGUAAGUGGAACCAUGGAUCCAGCACCCUUUCCCUCACCCAGACUAACUUUUUGCCUUUAAAGCUCUGUGUGCAAGGAUGGUUUUGUUGUUGCUGUUGCCCUAGUGCUUUCCUCAUGGAAAACUGCAUUUUACAACUGAAUCAGACGCGGGUGGCGCUGUGGGUUAAACCACAGAGCCUAGGGCUUGGUGAUCAGAAGGUCGGCGGUUCGAAUCCCCGUGACAGGGUGAGCUCUCAUUGCUCGGUCCCAGCUCCUGCCAACCUAGCAGUUCGAAAGCACGUCAAAGUGCAAGUAGAUAAAUAGGUACCACUCCGGCGGGAAGGUAAACGGUGUUUCUGUGCGCUGCUCUGGUUCUCCAGAAGCGGCUUAGUCUUGCUGGCCACAUGACCCAGAAGCUGUACGCCGGUUCCCUCAGCCAAUAAAGCUAGAUGAGCGCCGCAACCCCAGAGUCGUCUGCGACUGGAACUAAUGGUCAGGGGUUCCUUUACCUUUACCAGAGCAAGCAGUCAUUGUGUUUUCUAUGGAUUGCAUUUGUUUCAAUUCAGAAGUAAAAUGUGGGUUUUUCCAGGGAAAGUGCCAGGAAAAAACCACACUGGGACACAAAGCUUUAAAGCACGGACCUGUGUCUGGAAAGUGUGGUGCAAAAGAAAGUGGGUAAGCCCUAGGUGUGAAGGGAAAACAACAUAUACGUCAUAUAAUGUUAAACACACACCCGUUACUGCUUCUGGUUGCCCUAUAAGCUCCCCAUUGGAAGAUCGGCUCUAGGGCAUGUCUGACGUUUUGGACUACAAAUCCCACCAGUCCCUGCUAUCAUAGUUGCAUGGGCUGGGGCUGGUGGGAUCUGUAGUCCAAAAGCUUCUGGAAUGCACCAGGCUGGGACAGGCUGCUGUGAAGCCAGAAGAAAUAAUGGGAAUCAUGGGAAAUAAUGGACAUCAUGGGAAAUAACAUAUCAUGAGGUAAAAACCUGACAGCAUCUCUUCCUGCUUGCUAUAUGAAGCAUUAUUCAGCCUGCACACAGUAAAAACCCAUUUAAAGCGCAUGUCCUGUCCCCCACAAGUCCUGGGAACUGUUGUUUGUUAAGGCUUCUGAGAACUGUAGCUCCAGGAGGGGCAAGCUACAGUUCCCAGGAUUCUUGGGGGGGAAGCUUUAUGCUUUAAAUGUAUGGCAUGUCUGCAGCCUCAAUAGGAAAGAGGGGCUUUUGGGAUUUCACAGCCCACCAGACUGGAGGCCACAGGGGACCUUCCUUCAAUCCUGCCCCCUCCUUUGCAGCUGCUGCCUGGUAGGGUGGGGGCAACCGCUGGCCAGUUCUUUCCCCGCAGUUGCCAUGCAAGGCUACUCUUUGCCCUCAUGGGCAACAGCUGAGAGAUAAUCAUACAAAUUAGCCCGAAAGGCCAGGCCUUUUGCCCUCCGUCUCCGCCAAGGCGGCAAUAAUCCAUCUCUAUCAGGGUUACUAAUUAAUCUGUAAUGGGGCAGGGAAAAGGUCUGCAGCAACCUGCCCCCCCCCCCGCCUUUCCUUGCACUUCAGCACCAGUAGCAAUCUUGGCAUCCUGGGACAGAAAGGAACCACUUUCUUUAAAAGUAGAAACUCACUGCAGAACCAUUACUCAAGUUCUGUUUUAGAAGUUAUAAUUCGUCUAACUUACAGUGUUCAAAGGAUUCUAGUGAUUGUCCUUGCACACAACAACCUGGUAAGGUAGGUCUGUCUUAUGAUUUCCACUCAUACUGCAGAUGGCGAAACAGAGGCUGAGAGAGGGAGAGUGACUUGCCUAAAGCCAUUUUGAGAAUUCAUGGCCUAGGAGCAGGGAACGUCUCCCUUGUUUUUCAGCCUUAGCCCUCUCCUCCAUCUGCAGUCGGCAGCGAUAAUACCGACCUACCUUGCCAGGUCGUUGUAAGGGUGCUGGGUGGUAGAAUAUGUGUCGACCCACAAGCAAGUCCCACUGAGUCCAAUGAGGGCUUACUCCCAAGUAAAGCAGCCUGAUCAGAGAGCACGUGAAUGUCAGAGCUGUGUUGUAAAUAAAAAUAUGCCCUUUUCCCUUAUGGGGUAUCCAAGAGCCCAUAUAGAGUCCUUACAUAGGUUCCCUAUUGGUAGGAGAAAAUAACAGAGGCCAACCAGAGAAUAUUGAGAAGCAAAGCAGCUAGUAAGCUUGAUCUUUAUUGAUCUGUUGCAACAGGGUACUCCCUCACACGCAGGAGAGGAAGAGGACCCCAAAAUGCUAUGCAAGGGCUUAUAAAGACUUUUGAAAUUCCCAUCCUCUAGAUCAAGACCACCCCCAGAAACAUUAUGCAUUCAUCACAGAAGGGGUGUAACCUAAGACCACCCCUCAGAUAAGGCGGUCUAAAACAGAACAUUUGCAUGUUGUUUUCUCCUGUCCCUUUGUUUAUUUCCUGUCUGGCAGGUUACUUGAUUGGAUUUCUUGGGGAGCCUUGGCAGUCUUUUGUAAUGAUAAGGCUCACACCCUUAUUCAAACACAGAUUAAGACAGGAUUUGUGAAGGAAGAGACAAUGGGGAGGCUUUUCCAUUUUUACCAUGCAGAGAAACAUUUGCUCAGUUUAGGAAUCAAAAUGGUUCCAGGUUGGCUUUCCUGUGCUGAUCUAUGUACGUGUGGUUAUGAACGUUGCCAUAUAUCUAAAACCAUAAAAUUCCUAUCACAGCUGCUUGCUGGUGGCAUCAACGUGACCUUGCCGGCAGCCACUGUUUCCAGUUGAUUAGCAUGUGGCUCUGUGGAGGUGAUUCCUGCCUAAGGUGAAGUUUAGUAGUCGGGGAGAGGCGAUAAAGCCUUAAUGGGGGCCGUAAAAGACACUUAAUGAAGAUAUCAGAUGCAGCCGGUUGAGCUGGAUCUCCAGUGGGAAAGCCUUGGGGAGCCGCCUUCUUAAAGAGCUUCAAUAAUGAACAGCCUGCAGGAUAGUUUUUAUAGUUUAUGUAAGAUGCGGAAGCGACAGGCAUCUCUUAUGCCUAAGGGUCAUAAAUGAUCACUUGGUUUUGAGGAGGAACUCUUUCCCAGGGAGGAAACGGAUAAAGCUUUGAGGCUAGAGGCAGAAAACUGAAACAUUGCCAUGUGCUUGCCAUGCUGGUUAAUGUGGGGUCUGGCUUUGGCUGUUUCCAGGCGUGGGCGUUCAUACCAUCACUGCCAGGUGGCCCCCUAAAGCCCAGAUUCCUAGCUUUCAUUUCUUUAUUUUGAACUGCUCACUCCUAUCCGACAUUUUGCAACCGAAAUGAUUCAUCUCUCAUCACUUUGACUAUGUGACACCUCUCCUCAAAUCCACACCUGACAUUCUUUGAUUGAUAAGAUAGAUUUUAUUAAAAUGUCCCCAUGCUGCUGACUUUCUCUCUGCCCCUGGAUCCACCCUUUCUCUCUUCUGAGUAUAAAUACUCAACAUCAGGGGUGGAUCUUCACAUAGGAGGGGAAAACACUAUAAAUAAGUCAGAAAUUAAAUUGUUAUAACAAAAGAAAAAAACACUAUGGAAAAUCACUUGGAUAUUUUUUUUUGCUCUCUUGCGCCAACUGGUGUUGCAUGUAAUAAUGCAUUCAAAAUGCUGUUUCUUGACUAAUGUAGCUGAGUCCCAGAUUAUCUUGAUGCUAGUAGGCAACCAGCAGGUAAUAGGGAUUGCAGGACUGUAGCUCAUGGUAACCCACCUCCAGGUGAGGAAGAGCUUCAACAAACUCUCUGUGUUUGUUGGUGAAACUCCCGGGAGCACUUGCAAGCUGGCCCUGUGUGCAUAGUUAAACUAUGGAACUCAUUCCUACAGGAGGCAGUGAUGGCCACCAACUUAGAUGGCUUUAAGAGAAUGCGACAAAUUCAUGGAGGAGAGAUGUUGAUGGCCACUAGCCUUGAUGGCUAUGUUCUGGAUCCUUGUGGGUGCAUGGUUACUCAUUACCACCACUGCUUAAAAAUGCUGCUCCUCCUGUUCUGUUUCAGGCAGAUAUAUUUUCUGGUGCGAUCUUCAUCAAGGAAGCCAUGGGGCUGAAUAUUUACGUGGCCAUCAUUAUCCUGCUCACCAUUACAGCCCUUUAUACCAUCACGGGUGAGUCUUUGGGUUCAGAGGGUCUCCCUGCUUCCCUGUCCAUUAAAGAUAAUAAGCUGUUGAAGUUGCAAAUCCCAUCCCGGGUGGGAUUUGCGUCUGUGUGUGUGGUUUGGGAGCUGCACGGCCAGGGAAAAAACAAUGCUAUCCAGGGUUGUAAAGACUGCAGAGAGAAUAAUUGGGUGCACUCUUCCCAUCUUAGAUCAAAUCUAUGCUGCCAGGUGCCAUAAGAAAGCGGCAGAGAUAGCGCAAGAUAGUACGCACCCACGAAAUGAUCUCUUUCAGCUUCUGCCUUCUGGAAGAAGGUAUAGGGUUAUAAAGGCCAGAACUAGCCGCCUGAGAAACAGUUUCUACGCAAAUGCAAUUCUGGUUCUAAACGCAGCAUAAGGGGUCUCUAUUGUAUAGUGUAUUUUAAAAUGGGGUUUUAGAGUUUUUAGGGGUUUUGAAUGUUUUAUGUAGUUUUUAUGUAGUUUUAUGUAGUUUUGUGGUAGUUUUAUGUAGUUUUGUGGUAGUUUUAUGUAGUUUUUAUGUAGUUUUAUGUAGUUUUUCAAUUUCAUUGUUCUACAUUGGACAAUGACAAUAAAGAUAUUGUAUAUCAUAUAUCGUAUCGUAUAUCGUAGGGAGAGAGAAAGGCUGCCUCUAGCCUUGAGUCACAUGUGACCAUCUCCCUGUGUGUCUUGAGCCCGAGAGAGAGAGAGAGAGAGAGAGAGAGAGAGAGAGAGAGGUGUAUUCUCUUGCCAAAGCAAGAUGAGAAAAGCCUUAGCUUUGGCAAAUAGGUAAAGGCAGUGAUGCUGGGGAAGGGUUCCUCUCCCUCAAAGGAAUCAGGAGAUGUUCUCUUCCUCACACUGCCCUAUUGCUCUUUCUACCCUUUUGGCUCUUAGGAGGACUUGCGGCCGUCAUCUACACGGACACAUUGCAAACUUUAAUCAUGCUGGUGGGGUCCAUUAUCCUGACCGUCUUUGGUAAGCAGACAACACAAAGGAAAGGUUGAAUGUGUCACUGAAAAGUCUACUCAGUAUUGAUCCAGGGUAGAUUCUGGUGUAUAGUUAGCAGAGUAAAAACUUAAACACGUUGCAGGAUUCCCAAAAAAUAGACCAGAGGCAAUUAUAUUUCAUCCAGCAGAGCUUUACUGCUAUGGAAGGCAAAUGUGUAUAAUGGUCACAAAUCCAAUACAUUCAGGACUGGCACUCUCCAUAAGAAAUCCAGUUGCAGCAGACUUAACUUAAACUUGCAAUAGCUUAUAAUAAGUCUAAACCUUAACACUAUAUACAAAAAACCACACCAGAAGGGAAAGAGAUAGAAAGAGAAAUUGAAACCCAGUCUCAUUCUGGCCUCUUAUUAUAUAGUCAGCAUGACCUUGAGAGAAGAGAUAAAAGAACCAGUUUAAAUCAGCCAUACUCAGCUUCUCUGAAGGAAUAACCCAAACAUCAUGAAACUUAUUUCACACAGAGAAGCUUCGCUCUUGAAUUAAGUAGAAUAGGAAAGAUCUCUACGCAUCAGAUCAAUACUUUCUGUACUAAGAAAUGCAAACUGACAGAAGCAUCACCUGCCGGAGCCACCGUUAUUGUGCCGUGUGCGCUCGUGAGCAGUUAAACAAACCCCUCAUCAGAUGCUACAAGAAAUUUCAGGUGACACAGCCUGGCUGUAACUCAGAUGAGUGGCCUGCCUUAAAUGAAAGGAGACCAUUCGGUACUCGCCUUUAAAAGGGUUUUCUCACGCAUAUGGGAGCUGAUGGCAGGAAUGGGCAUUCAGACCCCACCUAGUGGUCACAGGCAAAAUUGCACACAAAACAAAUCCCUUGUAAAGCUUCUGAAUUCAGUUUGGAAUUCAGUUUUCAUUAUGACAAGCCGAAGAAGCAGUGCCGGAUUAAACCCUGUGGUGUAUAGUUAGCAGAGUAAAAACUUAAACACAUUGCAGGAUUCCCAAACAAUAGACCAGAGGCAAUUAUAUUUCAUCCAGCUUUACUGCUACUGACUAGGCAGUCAAAAUCUCAGGGACACCACCCCACAACUCAAAUUAUCUCCUUAUAGGUUUCUAAUUUUAGUAAAGGUAAAGGGACCCCUGACCAUUAGGUCCAGUUGUGACCGACUCUGGGGUUGCGGCGCUCAUCUCGCUUUAUUGGCCGAGGGAGCCGGCGUAUAGCUUCCGGGUCAUGUGGCCAGCAUGACUAAGCUGCUUCUGCGAACCAGAGCAGCGCACGGAAACGCCGUUUACCUUCCCGCUGGAGUGGUACCUAUUUAUCUACUUGCACUUUGAUGUGCUUUCGAACUGCUAGGUUGGCAGGAGCUGGGACUGAGCAACGGGAGCUCACCCCGUCGCGGGGAUUCGAACCACCAACCUUCUGAUCGGCAAGUCCUAGGCUCUGUGGUUUAACCAGUUUCGUUACACAAUAUUAUUUCGAUCAAUUGUUGCAGGGCCCCUAAAAGGCGUGGGGCCCAUAGGUCGGUGCCUACUCUGCCUGUUUGGUAAUCUGGCACUGCGAAAGAGGACAGGACCAACAACACAAAGGUAACCCAUUAAGAAGUAAGAGACUCUCUGCAGCUAGACAAACAGACAUGCUCAGAAAAAGGUAUAUAGGCAGCAUCAAAAAUAAGCCAUGGUGGGCCCUUACCAUCAGCCCCUAUAUGCCUGGGAAAUCCCUUUUACAGGUGAGUUCCAAACAAUCUUUCCCCCAGGCAUAUGGAGCUGGUGGCAACACCAGGGCUUACCAAAGCUCACUGAGCCACGAAAGGUGGGCUCUGAAAAACUAAACAGGUGAACACAAAUAAAAUCAGCCUGGAAACAAAGUAGGAAAGAAGUAGAAACCAUGAGAGAGUGACAGAAGGCACCACUGAAUUCCAAAGGAGGGAGGUGAUUGAUUUUGCUUGCAGUUUUGCCUGUGACCACUAGGUGGAGACUGAACAUCCAUUCUUGCCAUCAGCUCUAUAUGCCGGCGGGGGGGGGGGGGAUGCAGGUUACUUAUCUGUGAACUUGAGAGAGUUCAUCCCUCUGCCCCUCAGCUUCCCUGUGACAAUCAAUUCAAGAAAUGAAAAUUCAAGUGGAGAUUUAUCAUCAAGCGCAUACAGCACACAAACACCACAGUCAUCAUGAGGACUGGUGGUUUCCUUUUCUCAGUGGCAGCUGAGAAUCUCUCAAUGCCAGAUCCACUAUUUCUUACCCCCUGGAAACCAGCUGUGAAUGUCUGGGGGGGGGGGAGGGAGACCACAUGCACCAUGAAAGCAGCCCAGCCUCCCCUGAACUGGGGUGUGGAUGUCUCUGUGCCUGCCUGGCAUACAUAUAUGUGAGUGAACUGGUACCUUACAAGGACUGUCAACUUUCCCCAGCAUUUGAAGAAGUUGGAGGAUAUGAGGAAUUCGUGCACAAGUACAUGAAUGCGAUCCCGCAGGUUGAAAAUUCCAGUAUCCCCGAAAAAUGCUACACACCCCGUCCAGAUUCGUUCCAGAUAUUCCGGGAUCCCAUCAAUGGUGAUUUGCCAUGGCCGGGACUCAUCUUUGGCCUGAGCAUCCUGGGCCUCUGGUACUGGUGCACAGAUCAGGUAUGGUGGAGAUGAGUCUUGGGUCCUCAGGUCCACUCUGAAGGGGAGGGGUGAUGGUGGCGCCUAGUUCCUGCUCAGAUUCUGUCUGCGGAGGAUAUUUCUGCAGCAACGUGUGGUCAGCACUUCCCUCCAGCACUUCCCAGAGAAGAGGGAGACAGUAUAGAUUUAGAACAGCGGUUUGCAGAAGGUCACAGUUCAGAGGCUGCAGAGGGGAGAAGCUGGGAAACAUUGGGAGAGGAGCAGGAAGAAGACGCACCAGGGGAGAGACAGCUGACAGACUCAGUAUCUUUAGAAAGCAUUCCAGAUCCCCCAUCUCCCAGGACCUGGUGGGCAUUGAAAGGAAGAGAACAGAAAGCUCAGGUGCAGAAAACACAGAUCAGUCAACGCAGGGAUGACGUAGAAUAGGAGAGACAGAGGGGAUGGGGCUUUACUCAGAGCAACACCAUUAUCCAAGAGAGACUGCAUUUCUACAUCUCUCUCUGUGAAUAUUGAAUAAAAGACACUGGUAAGAGCUUCUUGUCUCUCCGUUACUGGCGGACUGCUGUGAGGGAGGGGGAUCAGAUUCCCUGAAGCAUGACAUGUGUAGCACUUUGUUUUCCAUAGGCUGAGUACUGAGACAUUUGAUUUCAGAUGCAGAGAUGCUAACUAGUAGUGAACAGAACUCUUAGGUAGUGGUGUAACGUAACGAGGGGGUGUCAGAGGGGCAGUGGCCCUGGGCACGGAUUUUUGAGGGGGCAUGAAGUAGGUGCCCCCCCCCACAGGUGCCCACAGCGCAGCCUGGCCCUCCUCUUCCAGCGUCAGAGGCACCAAUACUCGCAAAGAGGAGCACACUAAAGGGUGUGUUUAAAAUAUUCACAUCUAAGUUGCUUCCAAAGUUUCCUACUUCCCUUAGCAUAGAAAGAAACCACGUGUUUGGUAAGUAGGGUUCACAUGGUGGAAAAGAACAAAGCGUUUAGUAGCCCUUUCUCCCAAGGUGAGGGGCUGUGACCUAGCUAAGCCUAGCAGGACAGCUUAUUCUAUGGUCUUAACCCCUUCAUGCAUUAAUUAGAAUUAAGCAUGUUGGUUAUAUGAGCCUGGAUAUAUCCCGCAGGCUGAACUGGGACCUUCUGCAAAGCAGAUGCUCUACCUCUGAGCAGAAGUGCUCCUCUGAAGUAAAAAUUCACCACACAAGCAACCGAUAAGCCCACCCCACCCCAAGGAGCCUGCUCUGAAGUCAAGACUAGCCUGAUCGGCUGCUCACUUUCCUCUCCAUUCCUCUCCGGUAGGUCAUUGUCCAGCGAUGCCUCUCAGGCAAGAACAUGUCCCAUGUCAAGGCUGGCUGCAUCAUGUGUGGUUACCUGAAGCUGAUGCCCAUGUUCCUGAUUGUCAUGCCAGGCAUGAUCAGUCGAAUUUUGUACACAGGUGAGAUGAGACCUCCAGCCUCGUCCUCUCGUCUCCAUCCGUGGCAGAGUCCAUUCAGAGUGUGGCUCUUCCAUCCAUCCCCUCAAAGGGUGGUACCCACUGGGAAUCCUGUUCAUCUCUAGGAUGGUGCACUCAGGAUAUCUCAGCCCACCCCCCCCACCCCAAGUAAGGUGCCCCUGUUUUUCUCUUUCCCGCAGAUACGGUGGCUUGUGUCGAUCCUGACACGUGUCUUGCGGCAUGUGGGACGCCAGUUGGCUGUUCAAACAUCGCCUACCCAAGGAUGGUGGUCAAGCUGAUGCCAAACGGUGAGAUGCUUCACUUGUGCUCUUGUGCUGUUAGGAGGGGGUUGGGAAGAGGAAGAAACCCAACAAGACAGCAAAGCACAGGUGCAGGGUGGGUAAUGAUGCCUGCACCGUUUUGUAAGAAUUCAUCUACAUGGCUUUGGCUGCUGGGGGUUGUGUUCCCACAGAGUCAGGGCAAACAAGCCUGUCAGGGCAAGAGUGGAGAAAGUGAGGGUGAUUUAGGAAAGGUGGGGGCAAGCACUGCCCACCUUUGUGACUUAACUAAGCUAGAACAAAGCAGCUCGAGAAGUGCUGUGCUGAGUGCUGGGAGAGUCAAUCAGAACCCUGGGAAGGCAAGAGCCAGAACAGAUCAGAGAGGUGCUUUGGCAGCAGCAGCAGCAGCAUAUAACUGGAAAGCACCGCACUCCUUGGCUCCGCCCUCCAUCCGCUAACCUCUCCAGUUACCUGUGGAAGUAGUGGCUGCAGAACAUGCCACCCAGGAGCUGGCAGUCCAGGGGUGCCAAGCAGUAGCAUGAUUUCCGUGCCACCUCGGGCGGGAGGGGGGACUGUUUCUCCAACUCCUAGGUAUGCCUUUGCCACUUACCCGGGGGCAGAGCUUGGGGGUCUCAAACUUCAGCGGUGUUCUGUGUGAUGCCCAAUUUGGCUCCCACUGCCUCUCACGCUCCGUUCUAAAACACAGUUGUGGCGCCCCCUACAGUGCCCCCGAGGCUCUGUGCCCAGUGCUAGUGGAGUAGGGGCACAGGGGCAGUUGUCCUGGCACAACAUUGUUAGGGGGCAAAAAAAACUGACACCCAGUGCUGCCUCGAUACAGCUACAUGCUUCCAUAACUGAAAACAGCUUCUCCAUGCAAACCCGGAAGUGACUUCUCCAGACAAAGAAACGACUCUUCUUUUCUUAUCUCUGUGGCUGCAGUCACCUGGAUGAUGCAGACACCAUCCAUUUCCCUCCCUCCAAUGUGGCCUGGGGUCCUGGCAACCCAUGUUAUGCCACUGCCCAAUGCGACUGGCCGUGCUCCUUUAAAGCCACCUCUGACUUGCCCCCCUGCUUCUCUUCCUCUUGUGUUUCAGGAUUGCGAGGCCUGAUGCUGUCUGUCAUGCUGGCGUCUCUGAUGAGCUCCCUCACCUCUAUCUUCAACAGUGCCAGCACGCUCUUCACCAUGGACAUCUACACUAAAAUACGUCCGGGAGCGAAAGAGCAGGAGCUCAUGAUAGUGGGAAGGUGAUGAUGACAAGUAGGAAUGACUAUUAUGUGCUCACAGCUCUCUGCAAAUUGAAACUUUGCCUGGGACCUGUGAGACCACCAAGGGGAACCUCACCCAGCCUUCCACCUGACCUGGAGGUUUUGAACUACAACUCCCAUGAGCCCCCUUUUCAUACGACCAUGCUAGCCGGGGCUGGUGGGAGUCAUAGUCUGAAACAGCUGCAUGGCGCACCAGAUUGGGGAAGGUUGGCCUCAUCUGAUGUACAGCCCAGGCCCCAGCUUCUUUACCCAGAUAGAUAGUGUUCAUUGGGGCUGGAUCCCAAGAAAAGUGGUGCCUGCGGCUGCAGCCUUAGUCUGGUUUCUGCCCUCUAUCUGAAGACUCACAACCUAAGGAUUUAAAGGUUUUUACAGGAUGCCCAGCUUCUCUUUCCAUAGACAUAUACUCAGCAUCUGGUUUGACAAAGAGUUCUGGAGCACGGGUUUGCUCGCUGCUUGGUGACAUUUUUGUUGACCCUCAAUGCAACGCUUGGGUCAGCACCCAGGGCCAGAUUCCGUGUCUAACUAACAGCAGUGAAUCAGCAAGAGGUUAACCAUACAGGGUGCAGUACGCAAGUAGAUUUGAAUCUCAAAUGGCCCACCUUCUCCCAAGGAUCUGUCCAACAGCUGCUUGGCAGCAGAACAGACUUCAUCGGCAGGUUUUUAAACAGGGAUUGGAUGGCUGUCUGCCAGGGAUUCUUGGUCCUUUCCAACUCUACAGUUCUAGGAUUCUAUGACAAGGAGGCAGAAGUGGCCCAGGCACCCUUCUGUUCAUUAACAUAUUCCAGGAGUGACAAUACGACAAAUUGUUUGUUUGUUUAUUUCAUUUCCAUCCCACCUUUUCCUCCAAGGAUCUCAGAGUGGCAUAUAUGGUUCCCCCCAUCCUCAUUUAAUCCUCACAAUAAGUCAUACACAGUGAGCUUCAUGGUUAAGCAGGGAUUCAAACCCUGGUCUCUUCCAGGUCCUAGUCUGGCACUCUAACCACUAUGCAGCAUUGCCUCUCAACCAUAGAUAUAGAGUGCAACUCUCUCCAACUGGCCAACAAGCAUGGCUUGCUGAGUUCAGACACAGUAUUUUCUCUGCACUUUCUGCUUCUGCCACUUGGUGGGGUGCAUUCUUUUCUCCACACAUUUACAUUUUUAAAAAAAUGGUUUUGCCUUACUGCGGCUUUUGGUUUUUUCUCUCUCUAUAGGACCAAUAGGGCAACUUAAGAUUUUUCUUUGCUAUGUGACACCUGUGGUGCUGAGGUGCCCCCCUGUGGACAUUUGGACUUAUUGCACAUGUAGCAUCCUGAUAGGCUGAAUGCCAAGUCCUUCUCUCCAACAGAGCAGCCUCAGCUGACCUGGUGCCCUCCAACUAUGUUGGACUACAACUCCCAUCAGCCUCAGUGUCAUAUGACCCUGCUGGCUCUGACUGAUGGGUGUUGUAGUCCAAAACAGCUGGAGGUUAUUAGGUAAUAGGGAAGGUUGAGAUUCGACCACUCCCUGCCUAUUUAAAUUAAUUCCCUUUAUAACAGCUUAGUUGCCACCUAGACAAAAUGGAAGGAACAGAUGCUAGCUGUGCCAUUUAAUGGAUCAUGCUGUUUGCUAAAAUAUGGGAUUAGUUUUUGCAUUUGAACACCCGCUUAGGGAUGUGAUAUGAAUGAACCCAGCAUUUGCUCAAUGAAUUACUGUAAUUGCCACUACAGUGGACGCUCAGGUUGCGAACGUGAUCCAUGCAGGAUGCACAUUCGCAACCCGCAGUGUUUGCAACCCACAGUGGUGCAUCUGCGCACUCGCAGGUUGCAAUUCGGUGCUUCUGCGCAUGCGUAAAGCGCGAUUUAGCGCUUCUGUGCAUGCACAACUGCCAAAACCUGGAAGUAACCCAUUCCGGUACUUCCAGGUUUCGGCGGUCCAUAACCCAAAAAAACGCAACCUGAAGCGUCUGUAACCCAAGGUAUGACUGUAUACUGUUUUUCAUGUGCAACAAUAAUAAAAUGGUUCACAAUGUACAAAUAAAAACCGACAGUCAAAACCUCACCAUGCUCAGGUGUGUCCAGGACCAGUGCUGGGGGCCAAGACGGACAGGUGGGGCUUCAACUGUCAGCAAAAGCUGGAAUGAGCAGGGCAAUGGGAAAGACGUUCUGUUGUGCUUUGCUCUCAACCUGAGUCGGUUGGAAAGUGGCGGAUGUGAUUACAGUAUCGCAGAAUUGUAGAGUAGGGACUCCAAGAGUCAUCUAGUCCAACCCCCUGCAAUGCAGGAAUUACAGCUAAAAAAAUCCAUGACAGAUGGCCAUCCAACCUCUGUUUCAAAACCUCCAAAGAAAGAGAGUCCACCACCUUCUGAGGGAGUCCAUUCCACUAUCAAACAGCUCUCACUGUCCAAAAGUUCUUCCUAACAUUUAGCUGGAAUCUCCUUUCUUGUAACUUGAAUCCGUUGGUUUCCUGGAGCAGCAGGAAAUAAGCUUGCUCCAUAUUCCAUGUGACAGCCCUUCAGCUAUUUGAAGGUGGCUAUCCUAUCACCUCUCAGUCUCUUCUUUUCCAAGCUAAACAUACCUGGCUCCUUCAACCAUUCCUCAUAAGGCUUAGUUUCCAGGCCCUUGAUCAUCUCUGUCACUCUGCUCUGCAUGGGUUCCAUCUUGUCGAUCUCCUUCUUACACUGUGGCGCCUAGAACUGGACACAGUGCAGUAAGCCCACAACUUAUGCAGGCAUUAUAUUCUGGAAAUAACACCUAAAGCAAAAAUCACAUAUAGUCAAAAUGCAUUGGGUUCAGUGGCGGGUGGGAUUGCCAAAGUCAUUUUUCCUGGAACCCCACCCCUUUAAAAAAAAAUUAUUUUGCCACACACGUAAAGCUUGAUGCACACAAAUGUGCAUUAAGUUACAGGCUUACUAUACACUUGAUGGGGUCUGACCAAGGCAGAAUAGAGUCCCUUGAUCUGGACGCUGUGCUUUUGUUGUUGUCUCAGUUGGAGAGGAAGAAGUCUCUGCCUACAUCUUUAGGGUUUUUGAAUGCUGGCAUGGUAGAGAGCUGUGAUUAACAUCUCCCUUCUGUUUCCAGGCUGUUCAUGCUAAUCUUGAUUGCGGUCAGCAUCGCCUGGGUCCCAAUAGUGCAGUCGGCUCAAAACGGGCAGCUUUUUGACUACAUUCAGUCCAUCACCAGCUACUUGGGUCCCCCCAUCGCAGCCGUCUUUUUCCUUGCCAUUUUCUUCAAGAGGGUCAAUGAACAGGUAAGCUGGGCAGAGGGGUAGCACUCCCACCAAGGCCUGGGAAGAGCAACUGCUGGGCUUGACCUCAAUUCUCUGAGCGUCUGGGCAACUGCAGGAGGGGUGGCCAUGCUCAAAGGGCUAUUGAUGGCUACUAGCCGCAAUAGUAAUGCUCUGCCUUCAUGGUAAAAGGUAAAGGGACCCCUGAUCAUUAGGUCCAGUCGUGGCCGACUCUGGGGUUAAAAGUCAAUCCUUUAUUAGGCAUAGCAAAUCACACAUUACCAAACAAACACCGUAUACAAAUUGUGCAAAAUACGAAUUCAGCAUAACAAGGUUUGUCCCAGUCAGAUCUUUAACUCCAGAGAAAAUAAAUUUGCAUAAAUAAUACAAUAUAACACUACCACAUCACCGAUCAGUUAAGAACCACUAAAUCUCUUUAUAAUGGCCCAGUCUUUCUGCAUGGACAGCACUCAAAAAUUCAGCCACUAUUAAAGGAAUUUGAUCAUUCCUGUCUGAGAGCAGGUCCUGAACCGUUGGUGGCAUAGAAUUGAGCCUGUUAAGUUGUAAGGCCUCUAAUAAUUGUCUUCUAGCAUAAAUGCCAAAAUCACAAGAAAAGAAAAUAUGCUCCAACGUAUCAGGUUCUUGUUUACCACAUUUGCAGAGACGCUCUGCUUCUGGGAGAGCUAAUAUCUUUCUCUUACUAUCAUUGAAGGAAACAUAUUAAAUCUGGCUAAUGAAUCUGGGGUUGCGACGCUCAUCUCGCUUUAUUGGCCGAGGGAGCCGGCGUACAGCUUCCGGGUCAUGUGGCCAGCAUGACUAAGCCGCUUCUGGUGAACCAGAGCAGCGCACGGAAAUGCCGUUUACCGUCCUGCCGGAGCGGUACCUAUUUAUCUACUUGCACUUUGACGUGCUUUCGAACUGCUAGGUUGGCAGGAGCAGGGACCGAGCAAUGGGAGCUCACCCCGUCACCGGGAUUUGAACCGCCGACCUUCUGAUUGGCAAGCCCUAGGCUCUGUGGUUUAACCCACAGCGCCACCUGCGUCCCCUGCCUCCAUGGUAGGACGUAGUAAAUGCCUCUGAUUUCCAGUUGCUAGAAACCAUGGGGGGGUGCUCUUGUGCUAGGAUCCUGCUUGCUGGCUUCCCAGAAAAGGCAUCUGACUGGCUUGCCAGAAGAGGCAGGAUGCUGGCUCUUCUGAAGGUUCUUAUGUGUAAAUAGAGGCAGCUCCAAGUGGGGCAGGAAGUGAGGACCACCUGUUAAGAAGAGGGAUGGAGCACUGUGCCUAGAAGCCAUUGGGCUGAGUGUUGUUGCCCAUGGUGUGAGUCAGACUAAAGGAAAGAGGAGCAAGGCUGGAUCCGAGCACCAUUUGUGGAGCUGAGCUUUUUCUGCUGCUUCCUGCCAGGGGGCCUUCUGGGGCCUGAUUCUGGGGCUGCUGAUUGGAUUGUCUCGAAUGAUCACUGAGUUUGCCUAUGGAACUGGCAGCUGCGCUCAGCCCAGCAAUUGCCCGGAUAUCAUCUGCAAAGUCCACUACCUCUACUUUGCCAUCAUCCUGUUCGUCAUCUCGGUCAUCGUCAUUUUGACCGUCUCAUACCUGACCAAGCCCAUUGAUGACGUCCAUGUAAGCCAUUCUCUCCCUCUGUGCUUUUAUCUUUCUCCUCCUCUGCCCCUUCCCACCUCCGGAUGGUGCUGCAAACAUGGCACGUGCGUCUUUCAAAAGGAAGAACAUCUGUGGGACAUAGCACUGUCUCAGAACCUGUUUUGAACACCAAGACUUGGUUCUGCAGCAUGCAAAGGAAUGAAGGCAAAUGCCUUUGUCCACACUCAAAGUGCUUCUGCCUUGACAGCUGCUGCACGCAUCCACCUUGGAUCACAAGGAGUGUGGCUACCAGACAGGCUGGACACACUGUUUUCCUUUUAGAAAUGAACCACAGAUGGAAAGCCAGUGAGGGAUGCGGCUAGGACCAAAUCUUUGCUUAGUCAGUGAAGCUCCCCAGGGAAUACCUAUCUCUUUCUCUCAGCCUGGCCUACCUUGCAAGGAUGUUCUGAAGGUAUACGAGACAAGUGCAGGGCCCAGGCAGUGGCGGAGCUUCAUGCUCCGGCACUGAGGUGCAGAGAGCAGGUGGGGGCGGGACUGGUGUGCAUCCUGGGGGGUGACACGCUGCCUGCAGGGACGUGGCAUAUGUCCUGGGGGCAUGGCACGCCUGCAGGGGCAUGGCACCCAAUGUGGGCGGGUGGGCAGCUGCGAUGGCACCCUAACAGGAUUGCGCUGCCGCGGGUGGUGCGCUCCCCCCGCACUCCUCUUCCUCCACCAGUGGGCCCAGGCCAGUACUAUGGAAAUGCUGAAUAAUUAUAUCUCACAUGCUCUAGUCUGCUAGGAAUCCUUGUAUUGUGCUAGAUGACCCUUGGGGUCUGUUAUGUACUGAGUUGAAUAGGAUCCAAAAUGCAGCAGUCUGAUUGGUCCUAGAACAAUAAGAUCCAAAAUGCGGCAGUCUGAUUGGUCCUAGAACAAUGCAGCAAUAUGAUUGGUCCACAGGAGCCACCCAAUCCAGCUCCAGGUGGAAUUGAAUCCACAACCUGAUUGGCCUACAGGAGAAUCCCAGAAUUAGCCAAUCACAUGCAGCCCAUUGUGUAAAUAAUGUAUAUAAAGCAGAUAUUGUGGGGGAACCUCCAUUCCUCCUCACCACUAUGAGCUGAAUAAAGACCAUGAAAUCCACUCUCAACUCCGAGUAUAUUUCAGGGUCCCUUCAAAUUCUACAAUUAUAUGAGCACAGAGUGGGGCAGAACAGUAGAAGGGCAUUUCUAGACUUGCUGCCCCCCAGUUUUCUGCUUCCGAGCUGUGAGCUGCCACGGCCUCUCCAGUUACUUCCACCACAUGGGACACCCUCUCUGCACCGGACCCUUUCCCUCACCCACGAUGGUCUCAGCCCCCUCUCCCCAGGUUCAUCUCUGUCUCCCUGUUCUGUGCCCACGGCAGCUCUAUCGCCUCUGCUGGAGCCUGCGAAACAGAAAGGAGAAACGCAUCGACCUGGAUGCUGAGGAGAUGGAGGAAGAGCCGGUCUUCGAAGAAGAAGCUUGUAAGAGCUCUCCCCUUGGUUCUUAUUCCUUCCUGGCACUAAAUGAGGGUCAAUGGCAGGGGGGCGCUAGAGAGGAAGGACCAUCGUGGCUUGGUGGCGGCGCAUCCACUUUGCCCAUGGAAGGUGCCAGGAUCAACCCCGGGCUGCAUUUCCGGAGCAGACUCCUUGGAAAUAAUGGACCUAAGUGGGUCAUGCCCAUUGAUAUCAAUGGGCUUCCCCUGAAAUAGACCUGCAUUUGAUACCACCCACAGUACAUGCCAUUGAGUGCUUUAAAACAGGGGUAGGCAAACUAAGGCCCAGGGCCCGGAUGCGGCCCAAUCGCCUUCUCGGUCCGGCCCACGGACGGUCCGGGAAUCAGUGUUUUUACAUGAGUAGAAUGCGUCCUUUUAUUUAAAAUGCACCUCUGGGUUAUUUGUGGGGUCUGCCUGGUGUUUUUACAUGAGUAGGAUGUGUGCUUUUAUUUAAAAUGCACCUCUGGGUUAUUUGUGAGGCAUAGGAAUUUGUUCAUUAUUUUUUUUCCAAAAUAUAGUCCGGCCCACCACAUGGUCUGAGGGACGGUGGACUGGCCCCCUGCUGAAAAAGGUUGCUGACCCCUGCUUUAAAACAAUAAAACCAAUUCAGGCCAGAACAGGCUUCUAAGCUGUUUACAAAGCAUGCAAAUCAGUCAUGCAAAUUUUACUUACUUACUUACUUACUUACUACCCACCCUUCGUCCACGGCUCUCACCCACUUGCCACUUGAGGCAAACAGAAAAUGGCACCACCACCUUCUCCACCUGAGGGAAGCCCCACAGAAAAACAGAAUCUGGAGAGGAGCAGGGGGUGGCAGCGGUGACAAGUGCAGGAGACGGCGAGCACUGUCCUCCUUAAGGGCCGGGAUCUUCUGCCUCUCCCAGCUGUCCCCAGCCUGCCAUCUGAGGCAACUGCCUAAUGGGUGGGCCGGCCCUAAGGUGUCACUAAACAGUGGUACCUUGGGUUACAUACACUUCAGAUUACAUAUGCUUCAGGUUACACACUCCGCUAACCCAGAAAUAGUGCUUCAGGUUAAGAACUGUGCUUCAGUAUAAAGAACAGAAAUCGGGCUCUGGCGGCGCGGCGGCAGCAGGAGGCCCCAUUAGCUAAAGUGGUGCUUCAGGUUAAGAACAGUUUCAGGUUAAGAACGGACCUCCGGAACGAAUUAAGUACUUAACCCGAGGUACCACUGUAGUACACAAUAAAAGCACCCUUUAGAAAAAAACUUUCUCAGCAUCUUUUACGACACUCAGACUGACCUGUAUGGCAGGAGUCUGGCACUGAGACCUUCCUUGUCGUGCCCCAUAGACCGAGAGCAGUAGGGGUCUGGGGGACACGGAAGUGCGUUGUCUUCUGGGCUUCUACGUUUUCAGACUUGACGUUGACCUUUUUUUCUCUCUUGCAGUCCCGGACAAGGAGCAGGGUUGUUGCAGGAAGGCCUACAACUGGUUCUGUGGCUUGGAGACCAUAGCAGCUCCCAAGCUCAGCAAAGAGGAGGAGGAAGCCCUGCAGGAGAAGAUGAUGGACACAACAGAGGACCCCUUCUGGAGGCGGGUGGUCAACACCAACGGCAUCAUCCUCCUGGCCGUGGCCAUCUUCUGCCACGGCUUUUUUGCAUAGACUCGUGGGGUCGGGUGUUUUCCUUCCCCCUUUCCCUUUGAAAUGAAGGUCUCCCUCCCUCCCUGAGAUUGCUUUGUGAAGCCAUAAUUUGUAAGUUCUGCCCUUACCAGGCCUGACACUUAUUUGUGCCAAUCAAGUUGAUUAAUUGUUAAAUCAAAUGAGUUAAUUGGUGGGUGGGCUGCCUCUCCUCUGAAAGGGGGGGGAGGAGGAGCCCCACAGCUUAGAGAUAAAAAGGAAGGGGUGAGGAGAACCACAUCAGCAAUGCUCAGGGUCCAUUUUUGGACUCUCUUUUUACAAAGUGUUUUUUAUAUAUAAAAAUGCUGCUUUUCUAUGUUUAAAAUGUUGUGCUUUCCCAUAAGUGAUUCCUUGUAAAUAAUAAUGAUAGUAAUAAGUACAAGUCCCUAAAAUAGAGGCUGAGUUUCAUAUUCUGUGGAUCUAUCUGCUUGAAUUCCUUUUAAGCAAAAUCUCUAAAUUGCUUCCCUCCCUUGCUUUUUCCUUUCCUGUUUCUCUUUUAUCAUCUCCCUCCCCCCAUUGGAUUCCCACCCCCUUCCCAUGAGCUCUUUUUUCUGGUCUUGGACUGCAAGUGACUAGACUGGAUUUUUAUUACCACUGCGAUUUGAGCAAGCUUGAAAUUAUUAGAAGGGUUGCCAACCCCCUGAAACUUCAGUCUUUGACUUGACAUGGCCUGCCACUCUUUGUGCAUUCUCAAUGUAUUAUAAAUUGUGCAAAAAUAAUAAUACACGACUUAUUUUUUAAAAAACA